UUAACAAAUUCAUAAAAUAAAUGGGUUUAGUUGAUAUUAGGGAAACCGGAAUUGCUUGCCGCCGCUAACAAGAAACAGAUGUGGAAAGGAAAGCUAAAUAAGCAUGGCGGAUACUGACCAGAAACAAGAAGAUUUCUACAAAUGAUUUGUGAAUGGGAAUUCCGAAUCGCCGUUCAGUUGAAUUGGCGCUCCAUUUGAAGCUCUGUUGGCGCCGAUACUCGAGCAAUCCCAAUCUCGCGACAUGGUUCAACAAAUACGUUGAUAAAUCCAAUGUGCAUUCAUGGAACUCAGUCAUCGCCGAUUUGGCUCGCAGUGGCGAUUCGGUUGAAGCCCUUCGAGCCUUCUCCUCCAUGCGGAAGCUUGGCCUCAGCCCCACACGCUCCACUUUUCCCUGCGCCAUCAAAUCCUGUUCCGCUCUUUGCGAUCUCGUCUCCGGCAGGAUGUCUCACCAGCAAGCGUUUGUCUUCGGCUUCGAGAAUGAUCUUUUUGUGUCAUCCGCUCUUAUCGAUAUGUACUCGAAAUGUGGCGAGUUGAAGGAUGCACGAGAACUGUUCGACGAAAUUCCCCUUCGAAAUGUGGUCUCGUGGACAUCGAUGAUUACCGGGUAUGUCCAAAAUGAGCGAGCAGACAACGCCUUGUUGCUUUUCAAGGACUUUCUGGAGGAGGAAACUGAGGUUGGAGAUGCCAAUUACAUUCCUCUCGAUUCAGUUGUGAUGGUUUCGGUUUUAUCAGCCUGCGCUCGAGUAUCAGGGAAGGGGAUCACAGAAGGAAUUCAUGGCUUUGUGGUAAAGAAAGGCUUUGAUGGGAGCGUUGGAGUUGGAAACACAUUGAUGGAUGCAUAUUCAAAAUGUGGGCAGCCUUUGGUUUCUAGGAAGGUUUUUGAUUGGAUGGAAGAGAAGGAUGAAAUUUCUUGGAACUCUAUGAUUGCAGUGUAUGCUCAAAGUGGGUUAUCUGGGGAGGCUUUGGAGGUUUUCCAUGGAAUGGUGAGGCAUGUUGGUGUUCUUUACAAUGUGGUGACACUAUCGACUGUUUUACUGGCUUGUGCUCAUGCUGGGGCAUUGAGGGCUGGCAAGUGCAUUCAUGAUCAGGUGAUAAAGAUGGAUUUGGAGGAAAAUGUGUGUGUUGGUACCUCCUUGAUUGACAUGUAUUGCAAAUGUGGUAAAGUUGAAAUGGCAAAGAAAACUUUUGAUCGUAUGAAGGAAAAGAAUGUAAAGUCAUGGACGGCCAUGGUUGCUGGUUAUGGCAUGCAUGGCUGCGCCAAAGAAGCUCUCGACAUCUUCUACGAGAUGGUUCGGGCUGGAGUGAAGCCAAAUUACAUCACUUUUGUAUCUGUUCUUGCUGCAUGCAGCCAUGCUGGUUUGAUAAAAGAAGGCUGGCACUGGUUUAAUGCCAUGAAGCAUAAAUACGAUAUCGAGCCAGGUAUCGAGCAUUACGGUUGCAUGGUUGAUCUAUUAGGACGUGCAGGAUGCCUUAAUGAGGCUUACGAUUUGAUCCAGGGAAUGAAAAUGAAACCUGAUUUUGUUGUCUGGGGCUCUCUUCUUGGGGCUUGUAGAAUCCACAAGAACGUGGACCUCGGCGAGAUUGCUGCUCGAAAAUUGUUUGAACUCGAUCCAAAUAAUUGUGGGUACUACGUAUUACUUUCGAACCUUUAUGGAGAUGCUGGAAGGUGGGCGGAUGUCGAAAGGAUGAGAACGAUGAUGAAGAACCGUCAAUUGGUUAAACCGCCCGGGUUCAGUUUGGUUGAACUGAAAGGCAGAGUUCAUGUUUUUCUGGUUGGAGAUAAAGAGCAUCCUCAACAUGAGAUGAUAUAUAAGUAUUUGGAGAAACUAACGUUGGAGCUUCAAAAGAUAGGCUAUGUGCCAAACUUGACCUCAGUUCUUCAUGAUGUUGACGAAGAGGAGAAAGAACUCACUUUAAGAGUUCACAGUGAGAAACUUGCUGUUGCCUUUGGAGUGAUGAACUCUGCUCCUGGAACAACCAUAAACAUCAUUAAAAAUCUUAGGGUUUGCAGAGACUGCCAUACCGCCAUUAAGUUAAUUUCUAAGGUCGUUCUUCGAGACUUUAUCGUCCGAGAUUCAAAGCGAUUUCAUCAUUUUAAGGACGGGGUAUGUUCUUGCGGGGAUUAUUGGUGACACUUAUCAAGGACUUCAUUAAGUACUUUGGAUCGACUCGAUCCGAUUCUUGGCUUGGAUGAAGCAUUUGAAUUGUAAUUGAGCUUGGGCUCGAAUCUCGAUCUUAUUAAACACGGUAUAUGCUCGAAUUGUUAUAUUAUGGCCCAUGCUCGGAAUCUAGGCGAGGAGGGCGGUUUCAAAAGCAAUGUCUAUGGCCCAUGCUCAGAAUCGAGCCAAAUCGAGCCAAGAAUGUAUGCAAUUAUCUACCCAACCGUCUUCGAAAUUUUGGUCGACUCAACGAACAACUGUGAUCCCUAUCUUAGAUGACAAAAAUGUAUAAAUAGAGAGUUAUCCUUCAUUAAAAAUACUCAAUUGUUAGUUAGGAAUGUGAAUUAUUUGAAUGGCUUACUAUGUUUCAAAGCGCGCGAAAAGAAUGGAAAUGACUCACCAUUUAAAAAUUCAACUGGCAGCGCUGUCAUUGGGAAUUUUAAUUUUUCUGAAGAGGUAUAAAUACGAGGCACAACACUCUGAACUCUUCAUAUUUGAAUUGGAAUUUUAUUACCAUUUUCCUUUUUCCCUCCCUCUCUCUUGCUCUCCAAUUCUUCCAUGGCCAUCUCAGAAUCUCCGUCCCGUUCUUCUCUGAUCCCUAAUUUCCUCUACUCCUCUUUGGCCUUUCUAAUCCACAAGAUCCUCGAAUCCUCAUUUCGAUGAAAGCCUUUGCGAUUCCCUCUCCGGCUGAACCAAGAAAGAAAUUGGAAAUGUAUUCACCGGCUUUCUACGCCUCUGUGCCUCGGUGGAAGCCUCCGCUGCAGUCUCACUCGCAUGGACGUCCCUCCUCUCGAUCUCGUCACGUGCAAUAUGCAGUUAAAUACUGCCUUCUCAAAAGAGAGCAGGGAAUCGGGCCUCUAUAGGGGUGGGACGCAAGUAUGGUAAGUAUGAAUUCUUUAAGAAAUACUAUUCAGA